AAUGGUUUCCCGAUUUCUCAGAAAUGUCUCGAAGCAGGCCAUUUGGGCGCACCAGCGCCUCGCGCCACCUGCCAAGUUCUCGAGUAUGGCGAUCCACAAGGGGGACAUGUUAUCCCGCCAGUCAGAGCUUCCGAAGCUCCCGGUGCCUCCUCUGAAGGAAUCGGUCGAUAAGUACCUCGAGAGCGUCAAACCUUUCCUCAGUCAGGCAGAAUUGGUCACGACCCGGAAGCUGGCCCAGGAGUUGGUUGCACCAGGAGGUGUGGGGGAGACUCUUCACAAGUUGCUCCAGGACCGAGCCACCAAAACGGACAAUUGGCUCUCCGAUUGGUGGCUGGAAGGCGCAUACUUGGGAUACAGAAAUCCAGUUGUCGUGUACAGCUCUCCUGCCAUGGCCAUGCCGCGGCAAGAGUUCAAGGACUUCAAGCAUCAAUUUGCUUACGCGGCCUCUCUCGUGCAAGCCGUUCUGGAUUUCAAGGCUCACAUCGACAACGAAACUAUGUCGACUGAAGUCCAAGGUAAGGCGCCUCUGGAUAUGAUGCAGUACAAGAACAUUCUCGGGACCCAUCGGGAGCCGCACAUCCCGCUGGACAAGCUAUUCCACGCACGAGACAGCAAACACAUCGUCGUGGCCUAUCAGGGAAAUUUUUAUGAGGUCAAGGUUUACGACACUGAAGGCAGGCAGCUGGCGACCGCACAAAUCCUCCAACAGCUGCACGAGAUCCGAGUUGACAGUCUCGAGAAAGGCAAAGGCCCUCAGGUCGGGAUUCUCACGACCCAGCAUCGCGAUCUCUGGGCGCAGAGCUUCGAAAACCUCUCUGCACAUCCGAAGAAUCGGCAGUCUCUCCAAAGAAUAAGAGACGCUAUCAUUCUCCUAUGUCUGGACGAUCCCCUCACAGAAGUUACUCCCUGGAGUACAGUUUCUGCUCAACAGCUGCUGGUGGGUGGUAAGAACGGAGAGAACGCCGGCAACCGUUGGUGUGACAAGGCAAUCCAAUUCAUUGUUGGACUCGAGGGGAACGUCGGCCUACUGUACGAGCACUCGCCAGCAGAAGGGCCCCCUGUCGCCGGCUUGCUCGAUUUUUGUGCGAAGCAAGCGUCCGUGUGGCCGAUCCCGCCGGAACAGAGCCCUUUCCGGCCAGAGAAGCUGGACUUCACCAUCAACGUUGGCAUCGGGCAGGACAUUCAAGUGGCGAGGAAUGAUCUGAAGAAGCUCGUCGACAAUCUUGAGCUGUCCUUAGAAACAUACGGGAAGUACGGCAAGGAUUUCGUGAAAUCGUGCGGUCUCAGUCCGGACAGCUAUAUCCAAAUGGCAAUCCAGCUGGCUUUCUACCGAACCCAUAACUGUCCUGGUGCGUGUUACGAGACAGCGACCUUGAGACGCUUCCUCGGGGGAAGAACGGAAACGAUCCGGAGCUGCUCCGAAGAAAGUGUCCGCUUCUGCAGAACAUUUUUGGAUAACCAGGCGAACGUCAAAGACAAAGUUGGAUCUCUGCGUACCGCGGUCGAAGCUCACAAGCGAUACACGAACUCGGCCGUGGCGGGUCUAGGCGUCGACAGAUUGUUUUUCGGGAUGAAGAGGAUAGCGUCUGAAGCUGGAAUUCAGAUUCCGAACUUCUUCUUCGAUAAGAGUAUGGUUGUAUCCACGCACUUCAGGCUUUCCACGAGCCAGGUAGCAGCGAAAUCUCGAUCUGUGAUGUUCUACGGACCUCUGGUACCGGACGGGUACGGCUGCUGCUACAACCCUGGCAAUGACUACAUACUGUUCGGUCUUUCCGACUACAAAGACUGCCCAACGACGAAUCUCGACGACUUCAGAAGCUCCUUACGUGACAGUCUCGAUCAGAUGAGAGACUACCUCGUGGCCGACAGUAUAAAAUCGAAGCUGUGAUCAAAUACUCGAUCAUUGUUUUCUUCCGAUGCCCUCGGAGCUCGAUCCGAGAAAACGGAGCCGCCUCAAAUACGACGUGCGCAUCAUGACAAUUACUAUUUCAAUCGUGCCGUGCGUAGAACGUUCUGCGUCUGUGAACAAUUUAUUCUAUUCCCGGUCUACAUCUUUACAGGAGCUGUCGACUUAUUUACAAUAAAACAAAUAAUCACGCCGAAUCCUACUUAUUGGGCGGUGUUUUGUACGCC